AAUGGAUCCUAAUAAACCCACAGAGGAAGAACUCAAGAAGAUAAAAGAGGAGAAGAAGAACGAAUUGUUGAACAACAAGGACCUAUCGAAAGAGGAAAAGCAGAAAUUGAGAAAGCUUAAAAAAGCUGAAGACAAAAAGAGAAAGAAGGAGUUGGCUAAGAAGAAAGCGCAAGAGAAAAAACAAGAUGAAAAGCAAGGAAAGAAAGAGAAGAAUAAGAAAGAGCCUAAAGCAAUGGGUGACUUUGGUAAGCCAAAGAAGAACACUCCAGCUAGGAGAGAGCGUAUUGACUCGACUUAUGACCUCCCAUCAGGGAUGGACAAUGUCACUGUGACCAUCGACGAAAUUAUGAAUGAAUACUAUGGAAAACUUCACUCAGAAGUAAUUAACCUGGGCCUAAAGCUUGUAUCCGAAAAGAUUGAUGAUGCAAGUCUGAGAUGUCUCGCAAUCCUAAGAGCGAUCAUUAAGUUUGUCAAAGACUAUCAGCUAGAUGAGAGAAAGAGAAUCGAGGAAGAUUUCCCAAAACGAAUCAAGCAGAUUGCUGAUUUCUUAAAAAGAUGCAAACCCUUCACUGCAGGAAUAGAAUUUGCAAUCGAGCAGAUUCACGCUUCCUUUAACAAUGUCUUCAAGCAAACUGAGGAAGAAGCAAGGACCAACAAGUAUUCAUUUGAGAAGAAACUUGAACUUAUUAAAGACUCAAUGGUUGAGGAGAUUAAGACCUUUGCUAAAAUGAGAAUAAUAUAGGUGCUGAAGUGAUUUCACAAAUCAAACCCAAUGAUGUGGUCGUGACUUAUGGAAGUAAUCACACGAUCAAAAGAGUAUUACAGACAUCUAUUGAGAAGGGGAUAAACUUCAGUUUGAUUAUAGUCAGCCAGGGUAAGGAAGAUAUAGAGAGCUUUGAGCUAGCAGAGGUUUUGUCAAAGACAGGCAUUGAUUUAGUCUUUUGCCAGCUUAACUCUCUCCCUCUGGUAGGUCGAAAGAUUUCCAAAGUUUUAUUCGGGGGCACAAGCAUGAUGAAUAAUGGUUAUCUGCUGUCUAAAGCAGGGACAGCCUCUAUUGCAUGCUGGGCUAAGUCUAAAAUGGUCCCAGUGAUAGUCUGCAUCGAGUCUUUUAAAUUUUCAACCAAAGCUGUUGUUCAUUCCUUGGUUACAUCAGAGAUUAAGGAUGGAGAAGAUGGAGUUAAGAGCAAACUAAAUAAUAAGUAUGAUAUCACUCCUAGCAAGUUUAUUGACAUGGUUGUAUGGAUGGUCCCUUAUUCUCCAUUAUGAGAGAUUGGAUGAUUCCCAGCAGUGUCGAUGUCCAUUAUAUCAGGCCAUACAUAA